CAGUUGAACAGAACGCCACCUUGCGUUUCAGUCCGACUAAAGCUCUGUGUUAAUUAAUCGAAAGCAGAGCCGCGCACCGUUUAUUACACCUAAACGCAAUUUAAAGGCGGCAAAUUAAAACCUGCAGAUGACGGUAAUCUGAAAUAAAAACAAAGUGCUGAGAAAAAUCAUCAGGGCAUGGCAUCAUCUGUGAGAAACCGUGUUAAUGUUUUCAAGACCUUUAUUUAUGCAGUUUCCGGCUCUUUUGGAUUUUAUUGCAUUUUUGAAAGUAAAUCGUCCUGCGGAUUACUUAAUUUGCUUUUUGUAUUUGUUGUGGAAAUAUUCCCCUUUGAAAAACAUCAAAAGUUAAGUGUCAGUUAAAAGCUGACUCCAUGCCCUCGGAUACGCCCGUAAUUCACGGCUUCUAGUUUUGCAAUCGAACCGGUCGUUGUCGAGGGUGAAUCCAGUCUCGCUGCUUCCUGCUUAUUUUAAUCAUGCCCCGAGAGCUGCGAUGUGCUAACAGCUUCGAGUGACUCCUCGGACGCUGCCUGACUCUUUCUAUAGCUGUGACAACUGCUGUGAAGCUUUGGAAUCAACUGUGCGAGACUGUCCGGAACCGCGGGACCGACCUCCCCUCUUCGACUUGACAAGCUGCCACGGGUAUUAUCCAGGAUCAGAUAACAGCAGCUCCCAAGUCUUGAACUGAUAGUCCCCAGCGCAGGCUUGAUCGGAGCCAAGAACGCUGAGGCUGUGAUGAUGAUGCUGAUGAUGGUAGUAAAACCGCCGUGGUAGGAGGGUCCCGGCUGAGUGCACGUUAAUUAGUUCGCCCCAGUGCAACGCUGUGCAGUUUAAUCGGUUGCUGUCUGCUGGCCGGGGGGGGGUGGAUGGGACCAAAAUCCUUUCACAAGUCUUUCGCUGCACACAGCUACCCCUGCUGUCUAAGAGAACAGAAACAAGUCGUGUAUGUGUGAGAGAGAGAGAGAGAGAAAGAGAGUUUUUGGACGAACUCUUAUUUCUCACUUGCAGUUCCCAGUUGUCUUUAGUUUGUCUGAGCCAAUUUAUGAUCUGAAACACUGAAGACAACUUUGGUUUUGGCCGCUUUACUGGAAUUGUCUAUUGCGUCUUAACUACCAACAUGACACUUUUGGGCUCAGAACAUUCUCUGCUUAUCCGAAGCAAGUUCAGAUCAGUUCUCCAGCUCCGUCUCCAGCAGCGGCGAACUCGCGAGCAGCUAGCAGACCAAGGCAUCAUGCCACCUCUAAAGAGUCCAGCUGCGUACCACGACCAAAGAAAGAGUCUGGAACGAGCCAAGACAGAAGAUUACUUGAAACACAAGAUUAGAAGUAGACCUGAGAAAACAGAUCUGGUUAAUAUGCAUAUCCUACAAGAUACACCUGCAGAGGGUAAACUUCAAGCAACUCAGAUGAAGCUCAAGCGGGCAAGGCUGGCUGAUGAUCUCAAUGAGAAGAUAGCCCAAAGACCUGGGCCUCUGGAACUGGUGAAGAAGAAUAUAAUUCCAGUGGACUCGGCUGUGAAAGAGGCAAUCAAUGUUGGCCAAGUUAAUUUCCCUAAGGCCCCUGAUACAUUUUCCUUUGAAGAAGACAGCAGCAAUGAUGCUCUGUCUCCAGAACAACCCGGAAGUCAGGAAUCCCAGGGGUCAGAGAGUUUGCCUUCGGAAACAAAGUUCACCGAGUCAUCGUCACCUCUCGCAACCACUACAAUACAGUAUCUUCCUCACCUCUCCCAGCAUUGUGACGUAAAGAGAUCUGCACCUAAUAACCAGAUCAGUCAGCCAGGAAGCCAAAACCAGCAGAAUGGCCAAGUUACCACACCAAUUCCAGUGCCAGCAAUUGUUAAAACAAAGCCAUCAUCAGAUGGGAAGAACCAGCGACACAAGAAGCCAAAGGACACAAAGCCAAAGGUGAAGAAACUGAAGUACCAUCAGUACAUUCCACCGGAUCAGAAACCAGAGAAGUCCCUCCCUCCGAUGGACUCGGCCUAUGCCAAGCUGCUCCAGCAGCAACAGCUCUUCCUUCAGCUGCAGAUACUAAGCCAGCAACAACAUCACCAGCAACAUCAGUACAACUAUCAAAACAUUCUCUCUAGUCCUCUGAAGCACUCUGGUGAUCAGAUCUCCAGAAGCACAUGCACCUCAACUACUACUAUGCCAGGCAGCAGCAUAUCUCCUGUGAAGUCCACGAUAUCAGGUCAAGCCACCAGCUGCCCUUUGAAGCCAGGACCACUUCCGUCCAAUCUGGAUGAUUUAAAGGUAUCAGAAUUGAGGCAGCAGCUGAGAAUAAGAGGCCUUCCUGUGUCUGGUACAAAAACGGCCCUCAUGAAGAGACUGAAACCUUUCCAGGACUCCAGUGGAAACAGCCUGCCGGUCAGCAGCACCAGCACCACCUCGUCCAGCUCAGUCAACGAGAUGACGACUGCAUCGUUCCCAAUAACCUCUGUGACCUCCCUGUCGAGCUUUCAGACUCAGACUGCCACCACCGUGCUGCCGAAUGGCUUCUAUCAGUUUGGCAGCACCAGCUCAACCCCGCCCAUUUCCCCAGCGUCGUCCGAUCUUUCCGUAACUGGCUCCGAUUUGAGCGGGUUGCCCGAUAGCUUCAGCGACGUACCCGUGCCAUCCCCGCAGCUCGGACUGCAGCCAUCGCCUCUUCAGCUAAGCGCUGAGGACAGCCUGAUGAGCAGCAUGAAUGGGGGCAGUAUUCAGGCUGACAUGGAAGGUUUCGACACCCAGAAAGACAAAAUGCUGAUGGAAAAGCAGAAGGUUAUCGAUGAGCUGACCUGGAAGCUGCACAUGGAGCAGAAGCAGGUGGAAGAACUGAAGAUCCAGCUUCAGAAACAGAAGAGGAACAAUCAACACGAGCAGCAGUCUUCCUCUCAGCCACUCUACAGUGUGUCUGUAAAGCAGGAAAACCUGAUGUCCAGCUGCCCGUUUGCCGGGCAACAGAUAACCGACAGGAGUAUGACACCAAUGAUCUCCUCCACGUCCAGCAACAGCUCCACAGAAAGCUUAAAUACCUGUGGCACACCGCAGAAACCUGGUGUGGUGAACAGUCAGAUGUGUGCGGAGACCACAGAGCACAGCACGGUGAGGUCACCGCCGUUCCUGAGUCCACAGUGCUCACCGCAGCAUUCUCCCCUUGGAGCAAUAACUGGCAGCCCUCAGCAUGCCAGCCUUCCCCCAUCCCCGAGCAACCACUUCCUUCUGCCAGUGUCACCUGCCCCCCCGAAUGGAGAUGGGCGUAGUGGUUCACCCCAUCAGCUUCAGUCCAUUCCAUCUUGCAACGCUCAGCUCAAGAUACAGUGCUCAAAGGGCCAGGAGGUUCAGCAACAAAAUGGCAGUCCACAAUUCCAGCAGCACCUCCAACAACAUAUAAUACGACAGCAGAUCCUCAGAAAGAUGAAUGUACCUAAUUCUGCAAAUCAAGUUGGUCAAAAAUUUGUCAUCAAUACUGCUUCCUUCUGUAAUUCAAAUUCAACCCUUAGCAAGAUCAAACAACCUCCGUCGUACGAAGAUGCUGUGAAACAGCAAAUGUCUAGAAGCCAGAUGGAUGACCUGCUGGAUGUGCUGAUUGAGAGUGGAGAAAUGCCACCAAAUGCCAAAACUGAUCACCACUGUGCUCAGAAAUCGGUGCCUCAAAUCACAGUCUCUUCAGGAGCCUCCACUGUGACUGCACCUAGGUCUUCAACAAGUCCUUUUAACCACAUGUCUCCUCCUCCGCUCUCCUUUGACCAUUGUGCAAGCAACAGUGACAGUCAGCUUGAGGCCCUCCUUAACUCGCGGAGCUCCUUGAGCAGGGGAGGUGAUAUUACACUGCUUAAAAUUGGCAGUGAGGAUUCCCAGCUCGACGGCAUUGGAGAGGGCUUUUCUACCAACUCCCGGGAAGAAAUGCUGAACACUCGAGAAAUUCUGGAAAACCCCCUUUCACCAAUGGAGACCCAGAUGUCGCCUUCUUCCACACAUAACCAUGUUAUGAACCUAGGUCUUACAGAAACUCCCUUGGAGAACAUGGACUGGCUAGAUCUCACACCACCCAGCUCAACAGCGGGCUUUGGAUCGGCUGGUUCCUCCACCCCGAGCAUCUUCUCUGCAGAUUUCCUGGACGUUACAGACCUAAACUUAAACACAGCCAUGAACUUGCAAUGGUAACAUGCUCAGGAAACUAGAAACAACAGGUAAAUUUAAAACCAUUUAAAUGGCAAAACAAAUAAAAAGGAAGCAUAUUCCUUGUGUAUACAAGUAUGUUGGCAACUGUAAAGUAAAUAGAGGAAUUCAUUUGGCUACAAGAUGGUUGCCCUGUAGUUGUUGCAUGUAGCACUGCUUGAAUGAGUUAAAAGCUUCAUAAAGUUAUGUAUUACUGUGGAAAGUGAACGCGGUCGAAUCACCCAGAGGACACCUGCUUUAAGUCUAAAUCCGACUAAGUUGGCGGGGCAGUAUAUAGGUGAGAAAAACCGGCCAACUCUCAAUUUGACCUUGUGCACACAGCCUGCAUUUUUGCCUUGUACAUAGCUUAAACUUACUCAUAAUUUUGCAAGAUUUUUAUAUAAUUUUUAUCAGAGGAAGAUUCUUUACUAAGCAAGCAAUACUUGCUAUCUUGAACAAAAUACUUGCAUCCUUUCUGAACCACACUUGCAAAGUCACCCUAAUUUAUGCAAGUAUUUUAUUCUUUGUAUUGUGAAUACAUAUUUUAUUGUUCACUUUGCACAAUUAAGAGUAGAAAAGUUUGUCACAUUUUGCUUGUUUUAUAUAUAUAUAUAAUAUUUUAUAUAUAUAUAUAUAUAUAAAAAAUGUCUGCUAAGUAUUAAGAUUUUAGAAGGCAUUCCAUGCAGAUACUUGGUAUGAUUUUUUUUAAAAAUCAGCGAGUAUGAAAUUAUGCAUUGUAGUUCUAUGUAUUUCUAUUGCUAUUUGCUGACCUGAAAAUAUAGGAAAUGGGAUGGGUAAGUGAGAAUUUGUUGUUUUACUUAGGAUGCUAUGAGAAAACAUUUCCUGCCUUCAUCCACCCAUAAUGAAGCUCCACUCUACAAAAAGCAGUGAAUUCUGCAAUUGCAGAUUUAAAUCGAAUUGAAACAAAAGAAGCUUUCCCUGCUAGUUCGGAAGCUGGAACUCCCUACGUAGAUCUGCAAACAUAAUCCUGAGCGCAAACUUGGAUAUUGACCAACAUUGAUCUCUUUUAACUAUUUUUAGCGAGCAACUCAUAGGCCCAUGUUAAAAAAAAUUGAUAAAUAAGGAAUCAAUUUGAAAGGGAACAACACCAAACAAGAAGUUGGUGACAAUAGUUCCAACCCUCGUCUUAGUGUAAAGAACAUAGUUUAUUUUUGGUAAAUUUUAUUCAAACCAAAGAAGUGCUCAGAAAAGAAUUAUUUUCGUACCAUUUUGUACUUUAUAUUAUCCCUUUUUGCAAUGUUAUUUGCAAUAAAUGUAAAUCAAUGUGCCCAUUUUGGAACAGCUAACUAUUCUGAAAUCUCUGGGCACAAUUUGUGAUGUGAUUGAAAUUUUAGCUAAGGAUUUUCUUGUAUAGUAAUAACAUAAAUUAAUAUUGUUCAGUUCACCUUUAGUUUCUAAAAUGUAAAAGCCAUAUCUGAAAGGUACUGUGCAGGGAAUUAAUAUUUAUUACCGACUAUAUUUUGAACCUUCUAGUUUCCUUGCUUAUUUGCUACCUUGAAAUUUCAAGUAUGGACUUCUCCAAAUAGUCAGAAAAAGUCUAUAUCAUUAUAAGAAUUGUAGUGAGUAAUUAUCUUUUGAUGUCUGUUCAAAAGCACUUCAUUGUCCAAGUUCUCUUUUGUCAAUGUCAAUGGCAUACCUACAAUUUGUUUUGUAUUAGAGCUAAUUCUUAGACAGAGUAACCAGGCAGUUUCAUCUCUUUCAGUAAAAACCUGCUACAUCUGGUUUUCCUAGUGUUCUCCCAUCCAAGUAUUAAUUGGGUAGAGGCCUGAUUAGCUUCUUGACAUUAGAUAGAGUCAGGCAUCAAUGGAUUCCUUAUUUUCUGUUCCUUUUGACUCCCCCCACCCAAACCAUAAGCAAUAUUGUAAAAUAGCCUUGAAUUAAAUCAUACUUGGAAUGUAUAGACUCUUAUUCUAAUAAGUAUAUCUCAUUCCCAGGUCAACAUCAAGGUAUGAAGGGCUUUGAUAUUCUUUGUGAACAAACAUAUCUGAUGAUUGCAGUAUAUUUUUAACACAACAGAGUAACACAAUAUUACACUGCUUUAAAUUAUAAUCGCCAGUCAAUCCACAACUGACAACCUGUGCAAGGCUAAAGAGAGUUCCCAGUGAAUACGACAGAAUUGCCAAAUCAUGAUAAAAUUGUGCAAAAUGUAACAGUGAUCACCAGCAUUCAAAUUUAGCACACUCUGUAUACCUUUACACUGUGCAUGAUGUCAUACUAACUUUCAUUUAAUCCUGCUCAUGUUCAUACAGUCUUGUUACUCAGAUGGUACUGUAAUACUCUGCUGACAUGAGUGUGUGUCUAACAUUUUAGGAAAGUAUUAUUUGCUAUCUUCAAUGAAAGAUUAAGACAUUGGUAGAUUUCUUGAUCCAUUUGAGAGGCAUACGAACAUACAAAUUAUGUAUGAGUUGAGGCCACUUGGCCAUCAAUCCUGACAAUCGUUUAAUAACGCAAACACGAGGAAAUCUGCAGAUGCUGGAAAUUCAAGCAACACACACAAAAUGCUGGUGGAACGCAGAAGGCAGGCA